AUGGACGCUGGCGGUCUUGCUCAAAUGACUUACAAUUCGUCCUUCGGUAACGGCAACGGCCUUGGAGUUCCGGGUUCCGGGUUCGCUUCUCGGAGAAAGGGCUCCCACGUCAAACGCUUGAGUGUGCCUCCUCCCCACAUCUCGACCAUCGAUGAGUCUCAGCCGUCUGCACCGAUUCCUCCCACCCCUCGCACUAGUCGUUCGCAUCUUUUGGCGGGUCUGAGAACUGCUCCCAAAUCUGCGACCUUGCCCUCAGCCGCUCACCGUCAGCAGCAUCUUGGCCUGGAAACAGGACGAUAUGGAGCACAUUCCGGUGGCGCGGCUGAACGUGUUCCGCAGACUGCGACGGGCGCUGCCUUUCCCCGACACUCGUUCGCCACGAAUCAAAAUAUGGACAUGGGAACCGGUCGCCCAAUGUACACUCUGCCGGAGCAGGUGCUUGCACCUCCGGCUCUGGACAUCGCCGGCGAUAUGCCUAUUGACGACAAUCUUUAUGCGGAAUUGAUGUCGACGAAUCUUUUCCUGGCUGCCCAGCAGCAGCGCUUGCAGCAGCAAUUGAUCAGUGUGACCGCUGCAGCACAGCAGUUUCAGGGACUCAAUCUCGGAAACUCCUCUAUGGGUCACAUGCCUGAGAUACCCUCUCUUUCCGUCCCUGCCAUGGGCUUUUACCAACAGCAACUACAGCAGGGUGUACAGCCAGUGGUACAGCCCGUCCCUGGUCAGCCGGGACUUUUCUCUGUGUACAACCCUCUGACUAGUCAGCAAAAUUAUAUCUAUGACAACACUUACAUGCAAGACAACGCGUAUUCUCCCUACCGGGAAGAGGAGGAUCAGUAUCCCGUCAUGCAAGCACCUACCUUCCGUGCUGAGGUCUCCCCGCCGCCUGAGUCGGCGCCAUCUCCCCUGAACCGGCCGCAGACAAGGUCACCCCCCAAUGCGAGCCCAUCGCCACCUCGGGAGGUCGCCCCUCUUCCCCCACCGUCCGCCAACGCUUUCCGUCGGGGCCACAAGAAGAGUUCCUCUGUCAGCCCCGUAGCUCGUACCACGAUUGACACCGCGAGGGCCAACAAUGUCUCCAUCACUGCUGCAGGUCCUAAGUCGGCUGUCUUUCCCCCGACUCCCGCUACGGGUACUUUCGGACCAGGUCAAGGCCGUGCCGGCGAGCAUCCCGUUCGCCAACCCCGCGGCCCCCCUUCCCUGGAAGAACUUGUUGCGAAGCCGACAUCCAAGCAUGAGGGAAGCAAAAAUUUUGCCACCCGCCAACGUCGCCGUGCUCUCCACAGUCUUGUGCGAGCAGGCAUCGAGCGACGCGGCGAAACCCGGAGCUUUGGUUACAACAGCAGCGGUGGCACCAAUACUCCAGCAAGCGAGAAGGAUUUUGCAUUCUCUGAUGGGGACGAUGCUACCGUGCGUAGUGGAAGCCUUUCGAGCAAGCCAAGCCUAGGCAGCUUGCGCGCCGUUGCCAAUGGAGCCAUUGGUUCUGAGCGGAAAGAGCGUUCUUCCCGGGAGCGCAAGUCUCAGGACAGCCCGUACAAUACGACCACUCCCAUUAGCGAGGACGGCAAUUUCUUUGGUGGCAAGUUCGCGGAUCUCCGAACGGAGCAGGCUCCUCCUCCAAGCGGCCCACCAUCCGUCGCUGCUGUCGUCGCAGGUCAGAAGACGGUAGCUCCGGGUCCCGAGAGGCGCAAGACGCCAAUGCUUGUGCUCUCCAGCGCCGAAAAGCGCAAGACCCCGUUCAUGUAA